CUACCCCCUCCUUAAUUUUUACCCAAACACCAAAAAAAUAAAUAACGACAGAUACGACACUGCUUCACCGCUCUCCCCAGAGGCUGCACGCAAAAAAUGCGGCGCAAAGACGCGUUCUCCGUAAAAAAAACGCCGCGACGGGGGCGACCAACGCCGCCUGCUCCGUCUUUCCCCGCUGGUCGCUCGACCAUCGCAGGCAUCGCCGGCCACCGCCGCUGACCGCCCCAGCCCUGAAGUCCGCUCACGCGACGUCGGCAUGCCUCGCGGGAAGCCCAGGGGCCGCCGAGAGACGGGCGACGUGGUCAAAUGGCAGAUUAUCGAACUCUGGGAGGCGGGCCUGAAGAACAAGAGCGAGAUCGCGCGCCGACUCCACCUCUCGUGGACCGCCGUCAACCUCUGGGUCCAGCGCUGGGAAAGCGAAGGCCACCUCAACGUCCGGCCGCGCUCGGGCCGUCCGCGGACUACGUCCGGCGACGACGAGACCACCGUGAACACGUACACCGCAUUCUACGGCACCAGCGGAGCGCCCAAGCCCGUCCAGGUCAAGCUAGAGCAGCACGAGCGGGUGCCCUCGUUCGCCAGUGCCGCCGCGGCCGUGGCCGCCGCCACGGCUGCGGCCAACAACGCCGGUAACGGCCUCGCGCCACAGAACAACCACUCGAACGGGCCCUUGGCCCUGCUACCGCUCAAGCAGCUCUCGGACCCCGGCUGUUACGCGACGCAUUCGGGUUACACCAGCCUCAAGCGGGGCUUUGAGAACGGCGCCACCGACCACGCGAUCCACGAAGACCGAAGCGUCGAGACCGUCGGGCUCGACCCGCCGCCGCCGCAACGCCUGAGCCUCGCCACGCAGACGGAGGUUUCCUCCGAGGUCGUCGGAUAGCGCGACAUCGGCUGGGUGUGUGCAGUGCGGCCGUGGGCACGCUGAGCCCGCGGAUCUUCGGCUGUUUCUUGCCAUCGCGGCGAGUCAUAUUACUGAUAUUACUUCGAGUCAUGUGCGAACACCAUCGUUUCGUCGAAACACGUCUCACGGACACACGGUUCGUCGGAACUACGUUUCGUAGAAGCUCGUUUCGUUGACACAUGCCCCUGCGACGUUUCGUCGACAAAGCUUUUUUUUUAUUAUUAUUAUUAUUAUUAUUUAUUAAGCAGUUAAAAGCUAGCGCGCGAUUCACUGAUGCGAGUUUGCCCAAGCCGGAUAUUAACCCCCCUGCUAUUUCUCAGAACCAGGCGAGAUGCAGUUGUGUUCUACGAAACGUCGCAAGGUCUGUCGUUGGAAAGAAACGCGGGAAGCCUUCCAAUGGAACGGAACUGUCGAUGAAACGCCGCACGUCAACGAAACGAUCUGUCGAUGAAACGUCGUUCGACGAACUGAUUGCCACCGCCAGGGGGUCAUGUACUCCCUCUACUCCUUGAUAUGAGGAAGACAGUCGAUUAUGUUUCGGUUUAUUAUCGCCCAUCCCCCUCGCUAAAUCCCCCAAAAGGAAGUAGAACAACCCAGCACAACCUUUCUCCUGUGCGUGCUUCCUUUUUUUUCUUUUUUUUUUUUUUUUUUGGCGAGAAGGGGGUACGAACUACGAACAUGUGCUGGGUGAACUCUGUUUGCCGAUGCACCUCCCAUGCUGGACUCUUGAAGGGCAUCUGUGUGCGUAUUGUCUGUGAUUUUACGACUCGGUGAACGUCGUCUUUACGUUUUCUUCAUUAUUAUCAUGUUAUCGUUUCUAUGCACGGUGUACUUGCCGUUGUUCCUUGUUUAUUUGGUCUGAGAUGUGACCUGUGGUAAGCACGAUAAUUCGAGCGAGGAAAACUCUUGUUUUAUAUACAAGGGUGGUAGCUCGAGGCCUACCUCGCACAAGAGAUUUCUAAUACUGGACGAACGACCGCAUGCAGGCUUUCCGUAGCAUAUGAUACAUGCCUUUUAGCGAUUAGUCAUUUUUAUCCUGUGCUUGUGUAGGCGAUUCAUCGUGCUUGUACCAUAGCGAUCAAAGUCCCGGUGAAUUACGCGUAAAUUAUAAUAUAUUCGGCUGUAGUGCUUUAAAUAGAAACGCUAUGUUUAGGCACUCAGGCGACCGUGUCACCAUGAAUAAAACAAGAAUGGUAAACCGAAACGGUUGAAUGCUGCAUGCACCCAAUGAAUGACAAAGAAAAAACAGACUACGC